AUGGAGAGUGAGAGAAGCAUUGUGGUUGAUCCUGAGGAUGAGUUGUUGCCUUCGAAGUUGAAUCCUGAACAGCGAUACGCUUUUGACUUAAUUUUACAAUCAGUCUUCUCUUCAGAAGGUAAAGUUUUUUUUAUUGAUGGUCCUGGCGGAACUGGGAAAACUUUCCUAUAUAGGUCGCUUCUGUCUGCUCUGCGGUCUCAAGGUUACAUUGCUAUCGCUGUUGCUACUUCUGGUGUUGCAGCAUCCAUUCUUCCUGGAGGAAGAACUGCGCACUCUCGGUUUAAAAUUCCUUUAGAUUUCUCAACCAAUAAAACUUGUCAGCUUAGCAAACAGAGCAGCAUAGCUAAGUUAAUUUGUGAGUCUAAAUUGAUUCUUUGGGAUGAAGCGUCUAUGGCUAAGAGGCAAGCGAUUGAGGCUUUUAACAGUUUACUGCAGGACUUGAAAGAUUCUGAUCUCCCUUUUGGUGGACAUGUUGUUGUUUUUGGUGGAGAUUUUCGACAGACCCUACCAGUUAUUGAACAUGCUUGCUUUUCUGACUUUUUGUUACGAAUUGGUGAAGGACGGGAGCCUGUUGAUGAAAAUGGUGAUGUAACGCUCCCUUCUGACUUGGUAAUUCCCUAUCAUGACAAACACGAGUCCUUGGACAGGGAGCUUUAUACCUAUAUAAGUUCAGAUAAAACUGUUAACCAGAGGUUUCAGGGAGAUUAUGAAGACUUUCUAAAUAGUCAGAAUCCAAAAGGACUUCCUCCACAUAAGCUGCUCCUCAAAGUAAACUGUCCUAUCAUGCUUCUCAGGAAUCUGAACCCGGCUGAAGGCCUAUGCAACGGCACAAGGCUCAUAUGUAGAGAGUUACGCCAGCAUACCAUCUGUGCUGAGAUUGUAUUUGGUCAGCACAGAGGCAAGCGAGUUUUCAUUCCCAGAAUUCCUCUGCAAACCCCUGAAAAUGAAAAAAAUGGUAUUCCUUUCAUAAGAACGCAGUUCCCCAUCCGUCUAUGUUUCGCUAUGACGAUUAACAAGUCUCAGGGACAGACUUUGGAUUAUGUUGGAGUUUAUCUGCGCGAACCUGUGUUUUCUCAUGGCCAACUUUACGUUGCACUGUCUAGAGCCAGACUCCUGAUACAGUUAAAAUCUUGA